CGCGACCGUUGCCUUGGCACUGCCCCCUUCAUUCUCCAUCGUCUCUUCGAUUUCCCGCAGUUCUUGAAGGCAAACCAAGACCUGAGCAGUUAUCGAAAUACUUUGGAUCGAGAGACGCCAAGCAGAGGCACCAAGCAGCGGAGACGAACGUAGCGGCUAUUUCGCACAGAUGUUUUCUGAGGACUCGUGGCGGCUCAUAGUGGUCCUGUUGUUCCUCCUCACCGUGUCCUUGUUGGCUGGAGACAGGUUGGUCGCUUCGGAAUGCAGCACGCCCUCUGUGCACGUUCUCUCAGCUGGGAUGGACAUACAGAGAGCGGAGCAGAACCAGAAACGACAUCUGGAGGCUCUGUUCAAUAGGUAUGGACAAAAUGGGACCAUUUCCCUGGCGGGCCUGAAGCUCCUCCUCCAUAGUGUGGGCUUGGACCGCGUGAGGAGCGUGACCACACAACACCACCAUCAUCACAAUGACCAUGACCAUGACCAUGACCAUGGCACAUCGCAUGAACCCUCUGACAGUUCCAGAGAGCGUCAGAGGCGGAGCACGGAUGAUGUUCAGGAGGCUGAUGCCAACUCACAGUUUGUCAGCAACGCCUCUGAAGUUCAACUGCUUGCCAGAAGUCAGACACACGCAGUGGGAAACCGCUCGGAUGACCGUGAUCACAGGGAUGAUGACGGUCAUGAAUAUCAUGAUCAUGAUGGCCACGCUAAGGCGCAUGAAGAUGGCCACACUCAUGAUCACAUUGAUGACCAUGCCCAUGACCAUCAUGAUCAUGAGGAUAACCAGGUCCAUAAUUAUCACGACUUGACAGGUGGCCACAUGGACCAGGAUAUUGAGUGUCUGAACGCCUCCAGUAUCCUCUCCUCACAUGGGAUGACACAGGAGGGGGGCGUGACCCUGGCUGACUUCACAUACCUCUGUCCCGCCCUCCUCCACCAGAUAGACGCUGGUGCCUGCAUCCUCCACAAAGGCAGCGACCAGACACAUCGUGGACUCGAUCAAAGCAGCAAGGACAUCUCAACAGCGUGGCUCGGCGGCUUUGUGUCCAUUAGCAUCAUCAGCCUCCUAUCGCUGCUGGGUGUCGUCCUCAUCCCUCUCAUGAACAGAGUCUUCUUCAAGUUCCUCCUCAGCUUCCUGGUGGCGCUGGCUGUCGGCACGCUCAGUGGCGAUGCAUUCCUGCACCUCAUCCCUCAUUCUCAAGGCGGACACCAGCACCAACAUUCAGGGCUGAAGCAUGCGCACGGAGAAGACCUGGACGCCGUGUGGAAAGGUCUAACGGCUCUUGGUGGUGUCUACUUCAUGUUUCUCAUUGAACACUUCCUCACACUGGGAAAAAUGUACAAGGAUAAAAAACAGAAGAUGCAGAAGAAGCAGAACCACAAGGCAGACCCAGAGAAGCAGCUCGCUCUGGAGGAUGACAACAUGCUGACAAGCCAAGAUACGGAGACCAAUGGUGGCGGAGUUUUCGCCGAUCGUGCAGACGCAGAGGACGACGGAGUGGCAGAGGAGGAACAAGUGAUGCUGCAGGCGUCGGCGACAUCAGCGCAUGGUUACACGGCCGACGACUGCGAGAACAAAUGCCACUCCCACUUCCAUGACACCGUGGGCCAGGCAGACAGCUUACAUCACCAUCACCACGACUACCACCACAUCCUACACCACCACCACUCCCAGAACCACCACCCUCACAGCCACGCCCACUCCUACCCUGAGCACCACUUCCAGCAAGCGGGCGUUGCCACGCUGGCCUGGAUGGUCAUCAUGGGUGACGGCUUGCACAACUUCAGUGACGGCCUGGCCAUCGGCGCAGCGUUCAGCGAGGGGCUAUCCAGCGGCCUCAGCACGUCAGUGGCAGUUUUCUGUCAUGAGCUGCCUCACGAGUUGGGUGACUUUGCGGUGCUGCUGAAGGCAGGAAUGACGGUGCGUCAAGCCAUCCUGUACAAUGUGCUGUCAGCCAUGAUGGCGUACUUUGGGAUGGUGACGGGUAUCUUGAUCGGACACUACGCAGAGAACAUCUCCAUGUGGAUCUUCGCCCUCACGGCAGGACUCUUCAUGUAUGUGGCGCUGGUGGACAUGGUUCCGGAGAUGUUGCAUAAUGACGCAGGCGAUCACGGCUUCAGCCACUGCGGCUUCUUCCUGCUGCAGAAUGCCGGAAUCCUGUUGGGUUUUGGCAUUAUGCUCCUCAUCGCCAUCUUCGAACACAAGAUCCAACUGGACCUGCGAUUCUGACAGCGAGCUGCCCAAAUUCCUGCUGCAUUCCAGUGUUUUUAUUUGUCCUCCAUGAGAGGUCCAAGAUCACUUUCUGUUACUUCUGUUACUUUCUGUUGUUGAUACAGGAAGAUGGGUGUCACUCAACACUAGAACCUUUCUAUUACACCUGAAAGCAUAGCAUUGUUUGUGUCAUCCGCCCACCUUCCGGAGUGGCUUGACAUACGCAGACAGACGGUUCUUUAUAGAACUUCUUCCACAAAAUGUGAUUGGACUGUCAGAGCCAACACAGUUUCAUCUGGUUUGACUGUUACACUCUGUACUUUUUAGUCCCACUUCCCCACUUCCUUGCGUGGUUAUGGUUAUGGUUCUGCUCACAAAAGAUCAUAAUAGGUCAAACAUUUUUUUUAAAGUUUAUGUUAAUUUAUUUUUAUGUUUGAGUGAUGUCUAUUUUUGUCUUUGCGACAAAAAGGUCCAAAUGAGAAGGUUCUAGUGGCUUUGCAGAGGUUACAAGUCAAUACAUGUAAAUGCUGUCACUACUUUAAAGUCCAAGUGGACCCGUCCUCCAUGCUAUCUGCUACUCAAAGUCCACUUUGACUGCACAGCCAUUUAAAUCGGGUCGGACACACAUUCCUCCACACAAAUAAACAUUGGCUCCCUGCCUGAACUCCA